AGACGAACUUUUGCUUUGACAGCCGGACAGCCGGAAAAUCUACGUGUCUGCUUUUUUAGGGAAGUAAAUAAACCGAAUUUUCUCAACAUUGGAUGGCUCGUCAGCGGAAGGCAUCCAGUCAGGCACAUCAGAGCAAAACUGGUGACUCUUCCAAUGUAAGGAAUGGAAACAGCAGCAGUAGUUCAACCCAAGCUGCUGCUAGGCAGAUAAAUGGACAAGCCAAAAAGAGAGUCCUCCUAUCUCGCUGGAGGAUAAUUUUUGGUUGCUGCUGCCUGAGCAUUGCGUGCUACUUCGGUUAUGUCGGAUACCUGGAGACUCGUGUCAACACCCCCUUCGAUGACCACAAAAUGGUCCUGCGGAGUGGCCUUAAUGAUCCCGAACGAUACUGGGGCUCCUACAGGCCAGGCACAUACUUUGGCAUGAAAACACGCGAUCCUCAUUCUCUCGUUAUGGGGCUCAUGUGGUACUCACCGUCGAGAUUGGGACCAGGAGGCGAUGGAAUCCGUCACUGGUGUGAGUUAAAUGAUCGAAUGGAUCAGUACGGUUGGAUACAGCACGAUGGACGAACUUUUGGGGUUCAGGAGAUCUAUGACGGUCCACUGAAGCUCGAGACGUCCUUCGUGAAAUUCCCAGGAGGACAAUUUGGGGGUGACUGGACAGCCAGAGUGAGUGUAUCCAGUGAAACUGCCCACAGAGAAGAAGAAGUGUCAAUUAUUUGGUAUACUGCGCUAGAUGAGAAGACUGGAGGAUGGAUUAGUCCCAUCCUAUCUGAUACAGUUUCAGGAAUUCGUGGAGAAACUCCCGGACUUGGGGAUUUCUCUCUAACGCUCUACAAUACAAACGGAACUGUCCUGGAUGAAUCGUACGUGAGUACUGUUGCACAGAGCCUACAGUAUCUCCGUGAAGCGAUUACAUCCAAUUUGAGAAUAUCACACAAUCACGAGCAGCAGAGGAAGUUCAUAAGUCUGGCUGGAGAGGUUCUGAGGACAAAUACAGGAUCAGUGGUGGAGCCUAAUUUCAUUGCUCAUCAAGUAACUGUGAAACUACCUUUUACCCUUGACAUUGUUUAUCAUUCUGUGGGAUCUCCUGACCAAAAUCCUAGUGAAAAUGGUCCACCAAUUGGUGAAGCAUUUGGUGAUGUUCUCAAUGCUAAACGCAGGGAGUUUAGUGAAAAGUUUGAGAAUACCUUUCAUCUUCAGGAAAAGGGAUAUUCCAUCAAGGAGAUCCGUUUUGCUGAGGCUGCUCUGAGCAAUAUGCUAGGAGGAAUUGGAUACUUCUAUGGGGCUUCUCGUGUCCAGAGUGUUCAUACUAAAGAACCUGUUCCGUACUGGAAGGCUCCUCUGUACACAGCUGUCCCAUCUCGAUCCUUUUUCCCACGAGGUUUUCUCUGGGAUGAGGGUUUUCAUGGAUUGUUGAUCUCUACGUGGGAUAUUGAUAUCUCCAUUGAUAUUAUCGCACAUUGGUUUUCUCUCAUGAAUGUCGAAGGAUGGAUACCACGAGAGCAAAUUCUGGGUGUUGAAGCUUUGGCAAAAGUUCCGGAGGAAUUUGUCACUCAGAGGAAUACUGAUGCCAAUCCUCCGACUAUUCUUCUGCUCCUCAAUCGGAUUCUCACGAAGUCUGGGGAGAAUCUCAAGGCGAAAGGUCGUUUGGCUACUCUUGAUCGUCUUUUUCCACGGCUUCAGGCCUGGUUUACCUGGUUCAAUACAACUCAACGAGGAGACUCUCCUGGGACUUACAGAUGGCGCGGAAGAGUGGAGAAUUCUGUGAGGGAACUCAAUCCAAAGACUCUAACAAGUGGACUAGAUGACUAUCCACGAGCAUCACAUCCCAAUGACAAGGAACGUCAUGUGGACUUACGAUGCUGGAUUGCAUUUGCAGCCAAGGUUUUGGGAGAUUUAGCCCGGUUACUGGGCAGGGAUGAUUCCAAAUAUCUCGAGACCUACUACUACCUUUCCGACAAUGCUCUUCUGAAUGAGAAUCAUCUGUCACCGUAUACAGAAACCUACUCCGAUUGGGGUCUUCAUACGGAUUCAGUGGUACUCAAGAGGCCACCACUGAAGCCAGUAUCACCUCAGACGAAGCCUCAACGACCUCCACAGACUCAGGAGAUGGUUCGAGUGACCCUGAAGGCGCCUGAAUUGAGGUAUGUCGACUCAACUUUCGGCUACGUUAGUCUCUUCCCGCUUCUGCUCGAGAUUCUCACUGCGGAUUCUCCUUACUUGGGCAAACUGCUCAAGGACAUGCGAGAUCCAAAUGGGAUUUGGUCGGAUUAUGGACUGAGGAGUCUCUCAAAAACAUCGCCGUUGUACAUGAAGAAAAAUACAGAACAUGAUCCGCCUUAUUGGCGUGGUCAGAUUUGGAUGAACAUCAACUAUCUGGCCCUCAAGGCACUACAUCACUAUGGAAGUCAACCGGGAGCUCAUAGUGAACUGGCCAGGAGCAUUUACACGGAACUUAGGCACAAUGUGGUGAGUAAUGUGAUCAGGCAGUACCAACGUUCGGGAUAUCUCUAUGAGCAGUAUAGUGAUAAAACGGGAGAAGGAUCAGGAUGUUAUCCCUUCACGGGCUGGAGUGCCCUGACUGUUCUCAUCAUGGCAGAGCAAUACUAGGCCAUGGGGCCACCGAAAACAAACAAGGAUCAUCAGAAAGGAAUAUAGUGUUCAAAUUGACCUCUGCAUUAUCUUUUUUGAGAUUUACUUUCUAUCCCAAAGCUCUUCUCUUUUUGUUUAAUGUUGAAUGUCUGUGAAAAUGCUAUAGUUGAAUUUUAUCUAUUAAUUUUCUAUAGGUAGAUAAAAUAAAUUUCAGGUGAUAGUGAUAAA